CUAGUUUGACUUCCUCUCUGCCGCCGGUUCUCUGACACGUUCCUGCUGCUGGACAUGACCAGCUGGUCCUGAGGGGUCCUGGACCAGGGUCUCAAGAUGAUCCGGAGACUUCCUCUGCUCGGCCAGCUCGGGAUUCAGCGUUUCCCGUUUGUCGUCCCCUCCACCCGGCUCCUGAGAACCAGCAGUGCGGGUCAGCCAUCAUGUGCAGCCGGCCCGGGCAGCAGGAGCCCGGGCAGCAGGCAGCUCCAGCCGGGCUGUGGGACCAGGGGCCUCAGCACCAUCAUCAGGGAGCCGUCCUUUGUGGCCAGCAGCUCUGUAGGACUCCACAAGGAUGCAGACAUCCCCCGGCUCCGUCUGACCCAGCUGCACCGACCCACCUCUGCAGAGGAGCAGGCUUUCCAGCAGGGUCUGGCCGACUGCUCCUCCUCCCGGCAGGUCCUCAGACUGCUGCGCUCGGUGGAGAUCUUGUCUGACACCAUGGCUGCUGAAGCGCUUCAUCGAGUGGCCGACCUGGAGCAGGGGGGAAAGUCACUGAAGGACCCCGCCGUGCUAGAGAAGGACACCAUCCGGGCCCUGUGCUUCCAGCUGGAGCAGGAUUCCGGGCGGCUGACGGAUGCUGGGUUGGUAUCUGCUCUCCUGGCCUGCACUCGCCUCUUCCUGGAUCCCUGGAGCACUCUGAUGGUGCGGCUGGUGUCUGAGAGCCAGGAGAGGCUCGACAGGGGGAAGAUGACUGUAGAUGAGCUGUGUACCUUAGGCCAGGCAAUGCUCGCCGUGGAGGGACCUGGCUGUGUGAUGCUGGAGCAGGUGAUGGAGGACAUCCAGAAGCUGGAACCUACCCAAUGGAGCCUAUCAGACCUCAUUGCAGUUUACAGGCUUCUGCAAGGUGGUGUGGGUGCAGAUGGAAAAUACAGAGACCUGUUGAAUGCCAUGCACACGCCUGCUCUGAGACUCAGCUCCCGUAUGAACCCUGAUGCUGUCAGCGGGCUGCUCAGUGCUCUUGUGACGCUGAACCAGACCCAGGCCAUGCCUCUGGUUAUCAGUCUGUGCAAACAGGCUGUGCGUCAUGUACCUCACUUCACCGAUGAGGAGCUCACCCUCGUGGUCGGGGCGCUAAUAUACUUUGGUCACAGCGAUCAUUAUUUUGUGGAGGCGAUGGAGAAGUAUGUCCCCACCAUGGCAUUCGCCUCCCACCCAGAGACGGUAACCACGGUGAUGCAGUUCUUUAGCCGGAGGAACAUCCUCUCCCCAACGGUGUUUGACGCCAUCGCGGAGAGCUUUGUGUACCGAGCGGAUGAGUACAGCACCAGCCAGGUGGCCAGGCAGAUCAUGGCUUUCGGGAAGCUGGGGUACCUCCCGCCAAACGCAGGCGAGGUGUUCAGGAAGGUGGAAACCAUCCUGCAUACGCGCUUUUCCCACUUCCAACCUCGAACACUGCUCAACCUGCUCCACGCCUGCGUCCUGGUGGAGAGGUUCCCCGUUAAUUUUGUCUCCAAGGUCUUCAGCAGUUACUUCCUGCAGCAGCUACAAGAGCAAGGCACAGGGAUGGAUCGGAUCGUCCUGGCAAAGCUGACUCAGCUCUACAUGACUGUGAAGCUAGAGUGUCCUUUCUAUCAGGGUCCCAAGCUGCUUCCAAAGUUCAGCGUUAAGUCUUUCCUCACGUCUGGGCGCUCCCUGGAGACGCCGGUGGAUGUACAUCUGUACAACUCUGUGAAAAAUGGACUGAUCGAGUUGCUCGGGGCUCGUGCAUACUUUGGAUCCAAUGUCCUCACGCCGUACUGCUACACACUCGACGUGGAGAUUAAACUUGAUGAGGAGGGAUAUGUGCUGACUGCCAGUCAAACUGACGAGGUGUACAGAAGGGUAGCUCUUUGUAUCGAUGGAUCAAAGAGGUUCACUACAAACAAGAGGCACCUGCUGGGAAAAGAAGCCAUCAAGCAGCGACACCUGAGGCUCCUGGGAUAUGAAGUUGUUCAGAUUCCUUACUAUGAAUUUGAAAAACUCAAAAGCAUGACCAGCGUGGUCGAGUACCUGCACCAGAAGAUCUUCCCUCACACGUACAGGCUGAGCUGGUGAUGACACAAAUGACUUUGCUUCAGAUGUGACAUCAUGAAUUGUUGCUUUUUUUUGAUUAAAAUAAAUCAAUAUUUAUUUUUGCUAAUAAGUCAGUCAAAUUAAGGUGUUUAAGUUAUUGAUUCUGUAC